UCGUAGUCUGAGGGGAGAACCGACUCAGAGAUACAACAGAAUUCCACGAUGUUUUGCCUGAAUCGUGGACUGUUCAGUUCCAUCAGAGGUUCUGUGUUCCAGUACAUGGUGGUCCUCCUUCUGACAGGCUGUUUUAGAGGCCAGGCUCAGAGGGUUCCACCAUCUCUGAGAAUGGUGACAUUAGUUGGUGAAGACGUGAUGCUGCCGUGCCUCCUGGAACCUCCCCUGGAUGCUGUUUCAAAGACCCUGGAGUGGGCGAGACCUGACCUGGAGCCCAGAUUUGUCCAUGUGUGGUAUGAAGGUCGAGACCUCCUGGUGAACCAAAACCCGUCUUACAGAGGAAGAACAUCAGUGUCCAUCGACAAACUGAAGCAGGGAGACCUUUCACUGCUUCUGUCUGCAGUGAAACUCUCUGAUCAUGGACUCUACAGAUGCUACUUUCCCCAAAAAAGUAAAGAAUCCACUGUUGAGCUCAUUGUUGGUUCUGUCUCCACACCUGUCAUAUCAACGACUAAAUACAACGGCAGUUUUAUAGAUUUACAGUGUAACUCUACAGGCUGGUAUCCAGAACCUGAGGUGUUCUGGCUGGACGGUGAGGGAAACCUCCUCUCUGCUGGACCUACAGAGACAGUCAGAGGUCCUGAUGACCUCUAUACUGUCAGCAGCAGAGUGACUGUGGAGAAGAGACACAGCAACAGCUUCACCUGUAGAGUCCAACAGAACCACAUCAACCAGAUCAGAGAGGCAAAUAUUCAGAUUUCAGCUGACAGCCUCGAAGCCACAUCUUGUUCUGCUCAUGUUGCUGUUCUAGUGGUUUUUGUGCUCCUUGUUAUUCUUGCAGCAGCCUGUGUUGUCUGGAAAUGGAGACAAAACCAAACCAAAGAGACAAAGAUGCACAGAGAGGAUCAAACUGAAAAGACAGAAAGAAAUCAGCUCAUGGGAGACAGAGAGAACAUGGAUAGGUUGCAGGAGAGACUGGUAAGACUUGAAGAGGAGUUAAAGAAGAAAGAUGAGAGGUUGAAGAGGAAUGAGGAGCAGUUGAAGAAGAAAGAUGAGAGGUUGAAGAGGAAUGAGGACUUUGAGCAGGAGGUUCAUAAUAAACUGACUGAACAAAGUGAGGAACUGCAACAGCAGAGAGACAAACUGAAGCAACAGCAGGAGGUCAUGGAGACAAACAUUAACAAUAUGGAGAAAGAGAUCCAGUCAGUGGAGAAGAUGGCAGAAGGUGAACGAUUUUACAAAAUGAAAGAAAUCACAUUAACUGCCAAAACUCAGCUGAACAAGAGAAGACAAGAAGAUGAAAAUCUUCAGCUACAAACAGAGACAAUAACGAAGAAAAAUCAUGAAAUGUUAAAUAUGAUCACAGACGGGAAGAAGGAGGAACCACAAGAAGAAAGUCAGUGAGCAGCUGCAGCAGAUUCAGAGGAAACACAUUAUUAGAUCGUCGCUGAUGUCUCAAUAUUUUAUGGUGCUGAUAAAGAUUUGUUUAUUUCAGUAAUCAGACAAACAGUAAAAUUAUGGUAAUGAAAAUAAUGUAAUUAUCGUCAAUAAGAAAGAUCAAAA